CUCCAUUCUCACACAAAUUCCUCAUCACUCUUUCACACCCUCCCCACCUUAAAUCCCCACACCUCACCCAUCCCAAUUUCCAACCACCCAAUUCCUCAAUCCAAUUCCUCAAUUCAAUUCAAUCUACUGCAACCUCAAUUUCCCCCUGUGCACACAAUGGACGCCACAACCAAGUGGCUGGCUAUCACAGCUCUGGCUCUGACCCUGUUUUCGGCCGCCGCGACGACGAACGCCGAGGAAACGAAGCCCCCGCUGGUGGUCAAAGUGGUGAAGGGGAAGAAGCUCUGCGACAAAGGGUGGGAGUGCAAAGGCCUGUCGGCCUACUGCUGCAACCACACCAUCUCCGAUUUUUUCCAGACCUACCAGUUCGAGGAACUCUUCCCCAAGCGGAACACGCCCGUGGCCCACGCCUCCGGGUUCUGGGACUACCACUCCUUCAUCACCGCCGCCGCGACUUACCAGCCGCUCGGGUUCGGGACCACCGGCGGGAAGAACGUGGGCCAGCUGGAGGUCGCGGCGUUCCUCGGCCACGUCGGCAGCAAGACUUCAUCAGGCGGAUAUGGUGUGGCGACGGGAGGACCUCUGGCGUGGGGGUUGUGCUACAACAAGGAGCUGAGCCCGGAGAAGACGUACUGCGAUGACUAUUACAAAUACGAUUACCCUUGCACUCCCGGAGUGUCGUACCAUGGUCGUGGAGCUCUGCCGCUUUAUUGGAACUACAACUACGGCAAAACAGGGGAAGCCCUGAAGGUGGACCUGCUAAACCACCCGGAGUACCUGGAGAACAACGCAACCCUGGCGUUCCAGGCCGCGAUGUGGAAGUGGAUGACGCCGGACAAGAAGAACAAGCUGCCGUCCGCCCACGACGCCUUCGUCGGCAACUGGAAGCCCACAAAGAACGACACCCUGGCGAAGCGGGCGCCCGGGUUCGGAGCCACCAUCAACGUCCUCCACGGGGAGCAGAUGUGCGGCAAAGGAGACGACGAGGCGAUGAACAACGUCGUCUCGCACUACCUGUACUACCUCGAUUUGAUGGGCGUGGGGAGGGAAGAUGCCGGGCCGCAUGAGGUUCUGACCUGCGGGGAACAGCUGCCCUUUGGCAAGAACCCUGUUUCCACUUCUUCGUCUUGAUUGUUGUUUCCCCAAAUUAGAGGAAAUCGAUGGGUGUUGGAUGGGUCUCUAAAUAAGGGAGUUUGAGGGGAGUGGCAGAGUUUUGUUGGGUGUUGUAAUCUAAAGGAUACGUUCUGUUUUUUUAUGUUCUGCAUUUCUUUGCUGCGAGUGGAUGUGAGUUGAUGAUCAUAUAUCAUAUACAUUUCCAACCAUGGCGUUUCAUCUGCGUUGGGUUGGAAAUUUGGUUGAAUCGGACUGUCUCUUAAUGAGAAUGAAAGGAAAAAGAUGCAAGAUAAGUUUUUGAAGUACCAUGUUGUUUGGUAAGAUGUGGUAAGGUGGAGCCUCGAAUUCGAUCAAUUUGAUGUAGUAUGUAUGUGG